AUGAGUGGACUUAAAGCACUAGACAUUAUCAAGCCACUAGCAUCACUAAUUCCGGAAAUUGAACUGCCUUAUGAAAGAGUCCUUUUCGAUGAGAAGAUCAUUUACACCAUUGGUGCUGUUGUAAUUUAUCAACUGUCGUCGAUUCCAUUGACUGGGGUUAAUCCACUAACGGUUGCCGACCCUUUCUACUGGUUACGUCUUCCAUUUGCAUCCGAGAAGGGUACAUUGUUGGAAUUCGGUAUUUUACCUGUCGUCACAUCGGCCUUUUUAUGGCAAAUCUUAUCUGGUUCCAAAUUUAUCAAGGUCAACUUCAAUUCCAUUGUUGAUAGACAAAACUUCCAGUCUUUACAGAAGGUCUUUGCUGUUCUACUUGCAGUCGUAUAUGCAAUUCUUUUAUGUGCUGCAGGCUAUUUCAAACCUGUCGAUUAUUUUGUUAAGGAAGGUAUCAAUUCAUCCUCAAAUUUAUGGGGCAAUAUGCUUAUCAUAACACAGCUAGGUAUGGCGACAGCAAUUGUCACGUUGUUGGUUGAGUUGCUGGAAAAAGGUUACGGUUUUGGCCCUGGUAUUAUGGCUUUUGUGGCGGUCAAUUCUUCUGCAAAACUCUCAGGUUCUUUGUUUGGUUUCUUAUCAAACCAUGCAAUUGCUCAAUCUCAUGGUGUCUUUGUCCAAUUGUUCAGAAACCUCACUAGUAAAUCCAUAGCCAUCGCCAUCAAUGAUGUUUUCACUCGGUCGGAAGAAGUCAACUUUAUCCAAGUCUAUUUAGGUAUCGCAGUUGUGUUUUUGAUCAGUUACUUACAAAACUUUCGUAUGGAAAUCUCAAUCAAAUCUUCAAAAGUCCGUUCCAUGGUUUCGGCAUACCCAAUCCGUUUAUUCUAUUGCGGUGCAUUACCAAUUUUCUUUGCUUACACCAUUCUUUACAAUCUUCAUAUUAUUGCCUUUGCAUUGACUAAAAUCUUUGGCGGUUCUCCUUACUUGGCAGUAUAUCAAUUAGAUCCUUUCACUAACAGAUCCUACGAUAUAACAUCUGGUCUCCUAUACUUCUUGUCUACUUCUACAAAGGGUUGUUGUUUAGUAUUGAAGUUGGUUAGAUUCAUUGCUUUUACUUCCUUUGUCACUUUGACAUCAACUAUUUUCGGCAAAAAAUGGUUUGCCAUGUCUGGUUCUGGCGGUAAGGAUCUUGCUAAACAAUUCAAAGAACAAGAUAUUGUUGUCGUCGGUCACAGGGAUGCUACUGUUGCCAAAGAAUUAAAUAAGAUGAUCCAAUCUGCGUCUCUGAUUGGUUCCGCCAUUUUAGGCUUAAUUGUUGGUCUGGUUGAAGCUACCGGCUUAUCAAAAGGUUACGUUGCAGGUGUGGUUGUUGGUGUAUUAUCAGCACUAAGUUUGUUAGAACAAAUCAUGAGUGAAUAUCAACAGACAGGUGCUGCCAAUUCCCAGUUCUCUCAAGUUUUCGGGACUAAUUGA